AUGGUUCUACCCAUGAACAUCGAGCGAGUUGGCGGUAAAAGCCAAAUGGCUAUGGGAAAUGGUCAUUUUGUACCGAAGAAGAGCUCUACGCCUCUCCUCAACGGCAUCAAAAUGAAAUCCCGAGAUUCCGCAUAUACCAUUCUUACUCACUUCAUCCUCAAAGCUCGUCCUCAACUCUAUCUUUCACUUCCACUUUACUAUCCAAAACAACAUUAUUCUUUCAAAAUGCAGAUUCCAGCCAUCCUCGCCAUCUUGCUCGCAGCAGGUGCAUCCGCCAGAGAUUUUACCUUAUACGAGGAGCAGAACUUUGGUGGAGGGUAUCAUCGUGAGCAACGUUGGAAUGAUAAGGCUUGCUGGAACAUGAAUGGCGCAGGAGAUUCCGCAAGUUCCGUGGGAGGUGAAGGAUGUACCACCUUUUACCGAGAGCGAGAUUGCCAGGGCGAGAACUGGGUGAACUACGGCGAUGCUCCUACCAUACCAGGCUUCUUGGAUAACCACAUCUGGUCCUUCCGCAACCAAUGUGAUUGCCCAAACCCAUUCGACCCUUGCCAAUUUGCUGGAGACGAUGGAGCCUGCACCUUUGGGUACUCUGCAUGUUUGCAAAAGGUAGGCUGUGGAGGUAGGAGCGGGGAGUUUGAUUGUGGUGGCCUUGCUGUUGACUUUUGUGACUGCAAUAUCUUUAAAAUGGGCGGUGGUAGAUUUAUGACUAUGCCUGCAAUUCGAUUUUAUGAGUUGGCAUUAUGGAUGAGUAAGGGACUUUCAUCGGCGGGGAUUUAUUUUAAUUCUCAUCAACUCGAAUUUGGGUUGAAAACAGGACCAUAA